AUGACCACCGACGGCAACGCUGCGGCCGAUGCCGCCGCUGCCGACGCUGCAGCCUCCUCUCCGGCUCCGCCAUCCCCUCUCUCUCCUCCCGUUACCUCUUCCCUGCCCACCACCAACAUCCCUCCCGCACCCCUCCCUCUCCAGACGGUGCCGCCACCCAACUUCUACCCGACGCCCGCAUAUAUGCAUGCCAUGCGCGUCGAGAACGCCCACAUCAAUCUCCCCGUCCGCCUCGCCAUGAACGGCGCCAAUUACACUACCUGGCGGGGGAUGAUGUUGGACGUCAUCGAUCAGUACGACGUCGCCUCUUGGAUCGCGCCGGACUUCACCGACCACGCCGGCGAUGCGAGCUGGAACAUCGUCAACAAGGCGGUGAAUCGGUGGUUCCUCGGCGCGAUGGUGACGGAGCUCGCCGCUUUCAUGCUCGAUCGGGAGGCCACUGCCGCCCAGACCUGGGCCUCUGUCGAGGCUCUCUUCGUCAACAACCGUCGGGCUCGGCGGUUCCAGCUCCAGACGGAGCUCACCGACACUCGCCAAGGGGACUCCUCCAUCUCCAUCUUCUGCGCUCGCCUCAAGUCCAUCUCCGACGCCCUUCGCGACGCCGGUAAGACCCUGGAUGAUGAUGAAUUGGUCAUUCAACUCCUGCGCGGCGUCAACAAGGAUCGUCAUCAGACCACCGCCAAGAUUAUCGAGAAGUCUCCAACACCAGUUCCUUUCGACGUCGCCGUCGGCAUGCUUCUGCACGACGAGAUCGGCAACAACUUCGCCGGCUCCACCCAUCACAGCGCCCUCGCUGUCCAGCAGAAAGGCCCGUCGCCCGCGCCCCCGGCUGGGGCUUCCGGCGGCCCGGCUCGGCCGCCCACCCCUGGCUUCGGCGGCGGCAAACCCUCCUCUCCCUCACCCAACCAGGGGCACAACAAACGCCGCCGCUACACCGCCAACGGCGGGUACCAGGGGGCCGCGCCCGCGCCGCCGUGGACGGGGCACGUCUACGCCUACCCGAUGGCCCUCCCACCUCAACCCCGUCCGGCGCCCGGGAUCCUCGGUCCGCGGCCGCCGCACGCCUACGCCGCCUUCAGCGGCCACCUCCAGCAGCCAUCUCCGAUGGGCUUCUCUCCAACGCAGCAGUACCUACCGGCGCCUCCACAUCACCAGCAGUUCCUGCCGGCGCCGCCUCUUCCGCAGCAGUACCAGGCGCCACAGUACAUCCAUCCACCGACGGGCGCCGCCUCCAACACCGUCGACCACUCCGCCCUGAUGAGCGCUCUCCACAACCUGUCGCUCCAGUCGCCCAGCGGUGGCUGGGUUGCGGACUCCGGCGCCUCCUCUCACCUUGCGGCUGAUCCCGGACUAUCCGACCAAGGUGGAGCUUCUUCGAUGCAACAGUAA